UUGGGCACCCCUUUUGGUCUCUUUUGAAGUUUCAGGACCUUAACUUUCAUUCUUCUUUUCUAGGAAAUCUUGGAACUGUUGAAAAUUUCGAGGGAUAUUGUGAAAAAUUUCGAAGGGUGUAAUACUAAGACAGAUGUGUAAACAAUUUGGAGCGGUCUGUCACUUACCCAAAAAAUUUGGAGUGGUCUGUGGCCAUGUUUUAGUGUAGCUAAUUCUUUAGUAUUCUGUUACUGGAAGAAAAGAGUUGGUAGUAGUUGAUCACAAUGUUUAGCCUUGGACCUUUUCUCCCCUGUUUCCUUUUGAUGUUGCUACUCUUGUGGUUGUGGAGAUAAGGACUUGCUGGUUUUCUGUUUUUCCUUUUUUUUUUUAAACUUCUUUUCGUGGUAGUUGCAAUUGUUGCAUGAUGCUGAAUGAGCCAGUUUGUGCCAAAAGAUUGACUUGGUAUCUGUCCCAUUUUGAUCUAAGUUUUCUUUGCAUUGUCUCUACGCAAUAUUCAAAUAUGUGUUUUUUGAAGUGAGUCACAGUAAGAUUUUUUUAUUUUGUGGCGGAUUUUAAUUGCCUUGACUAAGUCGGUCGAUUGCAUCAUUUGAUUUUCUUUAUUAUUUUCUUCUACCUUUUCUUUUCUUUUCUUUUUGGUGCCUGUGUGUGUGUUUCUUUUAUCAGGAAUGGCACUUUGAUUAAUUUUGCCCCUUUCUCUAGUGAAAAGUAAUGUUAUACUUGUGCGGUUAAAAGGUAUUUUUCAGGGGUGCCUUAUCUCAGUAAAGCACUGGUGUAUGUUUCUUUUUUGCUUAGAAACAUGUUUACGGGUUCGGUUGAUCUGGCCUUCACACUAGUUUUUUCCUUUAAGCUUGACGUCACCAAUUCUCACAUUUGCUCUGCAGAAAAACAGAGUAGCAGUCAUGGUCAGCUGCAGAGGGAGCUGAAACCCAAUGAUGUCAAACAUUUCAUCUGAUAAAGGAUAAAUCUAUCCUAGCACACUAAAAACUUAACCUGGUCAGAGGUAUUUGACUGGUGAACAGCAGUGAUAACAGCACCAUAGCCAAAGUCUUGGUCCGACAUGGCUCCUGGAGGCAGUGCAUAUGAAAAUGUCUGUGAAUCCCACAUUGCAUUCUCGGAUUAUGGCAUUGUACCUGACAAUCCAGAAUUUAUAAGCUCCCCUUAUGGAGAAGUGGCUGCAGUUGUCAGUGGGAAGCUUAGGAUGCCAACAGAUUCUGCUGUGCAUGACCUGCUGGAGUGUCCUGUGUGUAUGAAUCUAAUGUACCCUCCAAUUCUGCAAUGUCCAAAUGGCCACACACUCUGCUCAAAUUGCAAGUGUAAAGUUCGUUGUUGCCCAGUAUGCCGCCGUGAGCUUGGUAACAUACGGUGCUUGGCCUUGGAGAAAAUUGCAGAGUCACUAGAAUUGCCAUGCAGAUACCAGAUUUUUGGUUGUCAAGAUAUAUUCCCUUACCAUAGCAGGCUUAGGCAUGAGCAGCUUUGCCAAUUUCGCCUGUACAACUGCCCUUAUGCUGGAGCUGAAUGCUCUGUCACUGGUGAUAUUGAAUACCUUGUUGCUCAUCUCAAAAAUGAUCACAAUGUUGACAUGCAUGAUGGAUGUACCUUCAACCACCGUUAUGUCAAAUCCAAUCCACAAGAAGUUGAAAAUGCCACAUGGAUGUUGACGGUUUUUAACUGUUUUGGCCACCAAUUCUGCUUGCACUUUGAGGCGUUUCAUCUAGGAACAGCUCCAGUUUAUAUGGCCUUCCUGAGAUUCAUGGGCACUGAUGAAGAUGCAGAAAAGUUUUGUUAUAGUUUAGAAGUUGGUGGAAAAGGUAGAAAGCUAACAUGGCAAGGUGUUCCAAGGAGCAUUCGCGACAGUCAUAUAACAGUUCGAGACAGUUUGGAUGGAUUAAUUAUUUAUAGAAGCAUGGCACUCUACUUCUCCGGAGGGAAUAUGAAGGAGCUCAAGCUUAAAGUGUCUGGCCGUAUAUGGAGAAAAGACAUGUAAAAAAAAAAAA